AUGGGAGCGAGGGAGAGGAAGAGGGCGGUGGAAGGGGGGGCGCGGAUUGAGAGGGUGAGUGGCUUUGGGGUGGGGGGUGCGGAGAGGGAGGGGGGUGGGAGUGGGAGUGGGAAGGGAGAGAGAGGGCCGUUGGUGAUUCCGAGGAUGCCGAAUCGGGAUUGGAGGGGGGGAGGCGUCAAGGGGAGUGGGAAGGAUCUGUUGCCUGCGGAGGAGAGGGCGAGACGGGAGGGGAGGGGGUUGGAGGCGCCGGGGGAGGGGCAGGGGAGAGGGGCUGUGGAGGGCGUGGAUGUGGUGAAUGGUGCCGAUGGCGGGGUCAGAUGGGGGUUGACUGUUACCAAGAAGCGGCAUGGGGAUGUGAGAGCCGCAGAGGGAUCUUCGGUCUUGCCUCUGGGCGUUGCUGCAGGGGGGAAUCCGGAUGCGGAUACGGAUACGGAUAACGGCGUCGAGAUCAAAGCUGAAGCUGCAGAGAGCAGCCCCCAACCGAAAUCGGCAGACGAAGAAGCACUCGCCUCUCUCCUUGGAACCGGCACGAGGCCCAAACGACCCGAGCUGGUGAUCCAGGCGACGGGCUCCACGAUGACGGAACUCGAGAGCUACAAAGCGGCCGUGGCGUCGGCGCCGCCCGUCUCGACGAUUGAAGACUACGAGCGGAUACCGGUGGAGGAGUUCGGCGCGGCGAUGCUGCGCGGGAUGGGCUGGAAAGGCGACGGGGACUCUAGGUAUGGGGCGGGGAAGAAGGGAAAGGAGGUUAAGCGGAGGCAGAACCUGCUGGGGCUCGGGGCGAAGGAGUUGCAGGGCGCCGAGGAGUUGGGAGCGUGGGUGCAGAAGAGUGAUGUGAAGAGGCUGAAGCCCGGGACUGCUGGUGGUGGUGGGGGCUCUGGUGGAGGGAGGAUGAAGGCGGGCGACUACAAGAGGGAGAGGGAUCGAGAGAGGGAUAGGAGAGAGGAGCGCGGAGGUGGGAGUAGUUAUAAGAGGGAGAGGGAGCGGGAACGCGAGAGGGAGCGAGAUGGGUUGGGGCAUCGGGAUCCGGCUAGAUACAUGCACUGUGCCACUCAAGGCUCAUCCAUCCAUCCCCACAGAGCCGGCCGGCCACCGCACACCAAACUCCCCCACCUGUUCCCUUCCAACUACGAAUCAAAACACUGGGUGUACUCGUCCCCCUCGUCGCAAGGUGUUCGAUCAAUUCCAUGCACCGUUCGGAUCUCUGCCCGUUCUGCCUCGCUCUCUAGCAAGAGAAUGCCGUCGCCUACUUCACCUUCAGCGGUGGGCAAGCAAGCCUUGCCUGAGCGUCAAUGCCUGGCUGGCAAAAACGUCAACUUGGCCCUAGCUGCGCACCCGUCCGGGGGGCGGUACCCAGCUCGAGAUGGUAUCGUUCGAGCGGUCCGUCCCAGGCGCUCAGAACGAUGGCGGCGGUGGAUGCAGCUGAGGACACCCAGGACGGCGCUCGCUACCGGACGCAGGCUGCUAAGAGAAGAGGGAAAGUCGGCUUUCUGCAGGCAGGCUGUCUGCAAGCCGCUGGGAGGGCUGCUGUCUUCUGCGAGAAGUGGUGCUUGA